GUCCCGGAAGUGACGCAUCACCAUCUUUCCGGUGCGGGCGGCGUGCUCUCUCCGGGCCCGCGAGUGGAGCCGUCGCGGCCAUGAGCGUCCCGGCCUUUAUCGAUAUCACCGAGGAGGAUCAGGCUGCAGAACUUCGAGCUUAUCUGAAAUCUAAAGGAGCCGAGAUCUCUGAAGAGAACUCUGAAGGUGGACUUCACAUUGACUUGGCUCAGAUUAUUGAAGUCUGUGAUGUAUGUCUAAAGGAGGAUGAUAAAGAUGUUGAAAGUGUAAUGAACAGUGUAGUAUCUCUGCUUCUUAUCUUGGAACCUGACAAACAAGAAGCUUUGAUUGAAAGCCUGUGUGAGAAGUUGGUAAAAUUUCGGGAAGGUGAGCGUCCAUCUCUGAGGCUGCAGCUGCUGAGCAAUCUCUUCCAUGGUAUGGAUAAGAAUACUCCUGUGAGAUAUACAGUCUACUGCAGCCUUAUUAAAGUGGCCUCAGCAUGUGGUGCCAUUCAGUACAUUCCAACUGAACUAGAUCAGGUUCGAAAGUGGAUUUCUGACUGGAAUCUCAGCACAGAGAAAAAACACACUCUUCUGAGACUGCUAUAUGAUGCACUGGUGGACUGCAAGAAGAGUGACUCUGCAGCUAAAGUAAUGGUGGAACUGUUGGGAAGUUACACAGAGGAUAAUGCUUCCCAGGCUAGAGUUGAUGCUCACAGAUGUAUUGUCCGAGCACUGAAGGACCCAAAUACCUUUCUCUUCGACCAUCUUCUUGCCUUAAAACCAGUGAAAUUUUUGGAAGGAGAACUUAUCCAUGAUCUUUUGACCAUUUUUGUAAGUGCAAAAUUAGCAUCCUACGUCAAGUUUUAUCAGAACAACAAAGACUUCAUUGACUCACUUGGCUUGUUACAUGAGCAGAAUAUGGCAAAAAUGAGACUACUUACUUUUAUGGGAAUGGCAGUGGAAAACAAAGAAAUCUCAUUUGACACAAUGCAGCAGGAACUUCAGAUUGGAGCCGAUGAUGUAGAAGCAUUUGUCAUUGAUGCUGUAAAGACAAAGAUGGUGAACUGCAAAAUUGAUCAGACACAGAGAAAAGUAGUUGUCAGUAACAGCACACAUCGGACUUUUGGAAAGCAGCAGUGGCAACAAUUGUAUGACACACUUAACUCCUGGAAACAAAAUUUGAAUCAAGUGAAAAACAGUCUCCUCAGUCUUUCUGAUACCUGAAUGUUGCAUUUUUUUGUUGGCCUCAGAGCAGAUUCCAAAAAUGUUCAAAAGUUCAUUUUGACAACUUUUGAAGUUUUUUUUGUCUCCAAAAUAUGUGUAAUUGGUUUUAAGAAAUUAAAGACUCAACUAUGACCUACAAAAAUAAUAAAAGUAAAAUGGGAAAACA